UGAAUCAAUCGGACUGAAAAUCGAAUCGUCUCCGUGUUUUUUUGCAAAUUUAUCUUGUUCACGGAGCUCUGAGCGUCAAAAAGGGCUCAAAACCACUAAAAAAGGGAGUCUCUACUCCAAAACGUGAAGAUCGACGGAAUUUUUGUGCCCGAUUAGUUGAUAAGAUUUAGAAAAAAAAAAAUUUAGUGAAAGAAAAAUUAAUCUCUGCACGAAAAGAAAAAAAAUGUUACCCACUUACAAUAGAAUGAACACAAUCAACUCUCGCAAAAUUUGGAGUUGUCGAAAUCCGGAAAAGCUGCUGAUCCUUUUGGUCGUCGUUUCCUUUUGCUUCGUGUGUUUCGGUGCGUUUUUCCUGCUGCCCGAUAACUUUGGCUCGGACAAAGUGACGAGGAUUUACAAGCAUUUGAAGGAUGCUCCGGAAAUAUUUCUGCCUGCGCCGCCAAUUAAGCAUGGCGAUAACGACGAGGACAUUCACAUGAUCAACGAUCGCGAAAAGUUACGCGAGAAAAUCAGCAACGAGAUGGGUAGCGACAUUCUCGAGAAGCCCGAAACGGCGAAGAAUGAACGGGAUGUCAAUGAAAAUGUCGUCGGAGGAGCGUCAAGUGACGAAGGAGCGAAUAACAACAACAAUGCAGGCGAUGGACAAAUCAAACCUCCGAUGCAACAACCUGAACCGGGCUCGUUGGCAGCAAUUAAUGCCGUGAAAGAUGCAACUUCGGCGCUGGAUCAUCAAAUUCAUCAUAGCGAGGAUAAGGAUCCCGUGACACGAGAACGCAGAAAUAAAGUCAAAGAGAUGUUGAUGCACGCAUGGAACAAUUACAAAACUUAUGCAUGGGGCAAGAACGAGUUACGUCCUUUGUCGAAGAGACCUCAUACGGGCAGCAUUUUCGGGGCUUACGAUAUGGGAGCGACAAUUGUCGAUGCUCUUGACACACUUUUCAUCAUGGGCAUGAAAGAUGACUUUGACGAAGGGCGUGAAUGGGUAGCUCAACGCUUCAAUUUGGACAACGUCACGGGCGACAUAAGCGUUUUUGAGACAAAUAUUCGUUUUGUUGGAGGAUUUUUGGCUUUAUAUGCCCUCACAGGAGAUCCAAUUUUCAAAGAAAAGGCACAAUACACUGCAGAUAAGCUUCUCCCAGCGUUCCAAACACCAACGGGAAUCCCAUAUGCUCUCAUUAACUUUCGUACAGGCUCAAGCAAGAAUUAUGCAUGGGCUAGCGGAGCAUCUUCGAUCCUUUCGGAAUUCGGGACGCUUCAUUUGGAGUUUGCUUAUCUGAGUGACAUCACGGGAAAUCCCAUCUACAAGGAGCGUGUCAACAAUAUUCGUCAAGUUUUGAAGGAACUUGAGAAACCAAAAGGACUUUAUCCGAAUUAUUUGAAUCCUAAAACCGGAAAAUGGGGACAACAACACAUGUCAUUGGGUGCCUUGGGCGACAGUUAUUACGAAUAUCUCCUGAAAGCGUGGUUGCAAUCCGAUCGCGACGACGAAGAUGGGCGUCAAAUGUUCGACGAUGCAAUGGCAGCUAUCAUGGAGCACAUGAUCCGCAAGAGUCAAGGAGGCCUAACUUACGUGUCAGAUCUCAAAUUUGACAGAUUAGAGCAUAAAAUGGACCAUUUGGCGUGUUUCGCGGGCGGAUUAUUCGGUUUAGCAGCAAAUACGUUAGAUAAUGAACUCUCGCCAAAGUACAUGGAAGUCGCAAGAGGUCUAACAAACACGUGUCACGAAAGUUAUAUUCGCACAGCGACGCAUUUGGGACCCGAAAGCUUCCGUUUUACCGAAGGCGUGGAAGCUAAAGCUCUCAAAUCGCAGGAAAAAUACUACAUUUUGCGUCCCGAAACGUUCGAAAGUUACUUUAUCAUGUGGCGCUUGACGCACGAUCAAAAGUAUCGUGAUUGGGGAUGGGAUGCCGUGCAGGCCCUUGAGAAUUAUUGUCGCACUCCAAACGGAUAUACAGGCAUCAAAAAUGUGUAUCAAGAAGAUCCCGUGAAGGAUGAUGUUCAACAAAGUUUCUUUUUAGCUGAAACGUUAAAGUACCUUUACCUUCUCUUCUCCGACGAUUCGUUGCUUCCGCUCGACGAAUGGGUCUUCAAUACCGAAGCACAUCCGUUACCCAUCAAAAAUGUCAACAAUCUCUAUAGACCUGUCAGCGCAACAGUUCCAUCUCAGUAAACCUGAGAUGCAAUUCCUCGCCAGUUUGCUACGACAAUGUACAUAAAAACCACCUUUAACUUAAUAAUUAAUCAUCCUCUAAAAAAAAUUAGUUCGAACAAAAAAGAAUAAAAUAGCACACAAAAACAAAAAAUUAUUUAGAAAAUUGAAGAUUUUACUACAGUGUAGUAACGACUUUAAUAAUUCUUAAAAAAAUUAUAAAUUUAUAGUCGAAAGAGAAAAAAAAAGAGAAACAGAUCAAAACUAGACGAUAUUUUUUGAUACAAAAAUAUUGAUGGAAACGUGUAAAAAAAUAAUAAGACUAUAGAUAUUAACAAAUUUAUCGUAUAAGUAGAGUAGCUUUAAAAUAAAUUAGCAAAAAAAGGGAUCUAACUUUGUAAAAAAAAAUGUUAAAAUGCUUAAUGAAAAUGUUUUUUUGACUGAGAAAGUUUCAUAUCAGAAAUUCUUUUAAAAAUCAUUGUAAAUUUUGAAAAUUUCUCUGAAUUUUUAAAGACUGUACUGUGCCUUUAGACGUCACAAAAGCAUUUUCAUGAAGUAAAAAAUCAAAAAUGUAAAAUUUAUCAAGUCAUAAUUCAAAGAAAAUAGUACCAUAGGGGUUUAAGAAGUCAAAUUCGAAGAAAAGGUCGCUUAAAGUCACUCGAUCAAUGUAAACGACAUGCGACGAUGUUGCAAAAUUCAAAAAAUGUUGAAUUAGUAGGUUGGCGAUUUUCUCGAUGGAAACGUCUUGUAUUUUUCAAACUCUUAUUUAAUUUCUCGAGAUAAUAAAUAAAAACCCAGAAAAUUUAAAAAUUCUGUUCGAGUUAAUUUUUUUAUGCUAUUUUCAAAUAAAAAUAAAAAUAUUCAAAAAUAAAUUUUUUAUUGAA